UUUUUUCGUUUAUAUUUCGAUGAUAGUUUUGAUUGUGAUGUUUUGGUAUUAAGAAUGAAAUGAAUCGAUGAAGAUGAUUGGUUGCGUGAUGAAUACGUGGAGUUUUUUUCUAUUUAGGUGAAUUGGUUGGGUUUGGGGGUGAGUAUGGUGUGGUUAGUGUUGAGCUUCGUUUCAGCGCUGAAAUAGCGGAGACCCUGUCUUUGUGAUUGUGUGGAGAAAAUUUGAUGCAAAUCUUCGUCCUUUCAAAACGAGGCGUUCUCCCACUUUUUCUGGAAUCGACCAUUCGCGCCUCUUUUACUCUUCUUCUUCCUUUCUCCUUCACUUACUCUUAAAAACAAUAUCUUGUUUUGCUCCCUUUUUUUGAUGGAAGUCCAAUAAUGGAUUGGCUUUGAGUUUCUUUGUUUCGUUGUGAAAAAUGUUAGCCUGAUCAUGGUUUCUGAAGGCUGGGAUUCAUCGUCAUCUGAUCGUGUAUUGAUUUGAAGGAAGUACACAAUUGAUGGAUGAAUAUUCUGGUAAAAGAGCCACUGAUGGGGUGGUAGUCCCUAGAAAGGGGAUGGGCCAUGUGUUUAGAGACACCGCUAAUGCUAGAGAUCGAAAUGGUCAGGUUUGCAGUCGUCUUACCUGCAGUAGCAGAGUCAACUCUCCUAAAGGUGCUCAAAUUGGUUCUUCUGAAAAGGGUAAAUCUUUGAAAACUUCAAUGCAAUCUUCUUCAGCUGGCAAGGAAGCAAUUGGAAGCUCCUCUAGAACUUUUUCCAAGACUAGUACCCCAGGAAAACCGCUUAUAAAGCCUCGGAAGUCAUCAUCAUCUCAGUUAGAGACAGAUACGUCUGAGACUAGUAGUGUACAGGAUGAAUCAGAAGCUUCAAAACUCACUCCUCCCUCUGAAAAAAAUCAGACAGGGAUUCAAGCUGGAGUGGAAAAUACAGUGUCUGGUAAUGUCAUGAUGGAAGUAGGAAGCUCUAGUGUAGUAUCCAAUACAAGAUCUCGGAGGAAUUUUCACCCAAAGCCUGGAUUACGUGGUCAAGAAAUUAAAAGCACCAGUCCAGUGACACGUGCUAAUACCAGUAGGUAUGGAUUGAGGAACCUCAGAUGCAACUCUAUUUCUGAUGUUGUUCCUGCUGGUUGUUCACCUUCAGAUUCAACCCUUAACAGAAGGAAGGAUAUGAUAAAAAAGAGAAAUUGUGAAGGGGAAAGUAGUUCCACUGCCAGAGGGAAGAAAAUGAGUGGGUCUUCAUUAGAAGGACGGAAUUCUGGCUCCAGAAGUGGCAUAUCUAUCUCUGAUUCAAGAAUGUCUAGGAAUACUCCUCACAGGGACAGGUCAGACAGCAACAUGGCACCAGUUAGAACUCGAAAAGCAAUUAGUGGUCAGGCCAGGGGAAGGCUUUCUAUCCAAGGAAAUGCUAAUCCCGUGUCACCCAAUGAGUCCCUCGUCAUGAUACCUUCUUUGCCUCAUUCUGGUGGUCUUAAUGCUCCAGGUGCAUCACACCAUACUUCCGUAGAUAGUCCCUUAAGUUGUCCUGGCUCUCACAGUAGACCAAGUACUAGCAGCGAGGAGUUAUAUGGUGUUAUGCCUGUAUCUCCUUCGGAAUAUGGCCUCACUCAUUCUCUUAUGAAUCUGGAUAGUUUCCGACGACGUUACAACAUGGAUAGUAUUGCAGAGGUAUUGUUGGCACUUGAGAGAAUUGAACAAGAUGUUGAGCUAACACACGAGCAAAUUCGAUUACUGGAGUCCAACUUGUUCCUUACCGGACUAAAUUUCUACGACCCACAUAGAGAGAUGCGAUUGGACAUUGAUAACAUGUCAUAUGAGCAACUGUUGGCUCUGGAAGAGAGGAUGGGCACUGUGAGCACAGCUCUGACAGAGGAAGCACUAUCAGAAUGCCUAAAGAAAAGUUUCUAUCAGUCCUCACCCUCAGACAUUGCAGCUGAGAGUUGCAAUGAAGAUAAGGAUGAUAAUGAAGAUAAGGAUGAUAGUGAUACCAAAUGCAGCAUUUGCCAGGAAGAAUAUGUGGUUGCGGAUGAAGUGGGAAGUUUGCAAUGCGAACACAUGUAUCAUGCGGUUUGCAUACAGCAGUGGCUACGGCUAAAGAACUGGUGCCCUAUUUGCAAAGCAUCAGUGGCACCAUCCCCAUCCCAAUGAUCCCAUCAAUAACAAUUACAAUCACAAUCUAGGCCAGACGAGGGAGACUGAUUUCUUUAUACCCCCUCUUUCUGUUCAUUUUUUUCUUCAUUACUUCUGUACAAAAUACAGUUACUCCUUACUUAUUUUUAUUGAUCAUUUGUACAUAGCAAAUAUCUUCAUCCCAUUAUACAAUAAUCCAAGCCACUGGCUUGUUGGACUGGAACUUGUUAA